AUGUCCAACCCCUAUCUCCCACUAUCACCCUCUAGCUCAGCCGCACCGACGACUCCCUACUCCAGCACCCCCGGUCCAUACGCAACCGCCUCCUCAAGCCAAGAACCCACCACCCGCUCGCGCACACUCUUCUACCUUUCCGUCCGCGAUUCAAACCCCUUCUCCGAGACAUCUGGACGCAAUGCUUCAAAGAGGGCAGAGAGGCAGUAUGGGCAGCAUAUUAGCCUGGAUGAUGGGGAGGAGGAAGAGGGACUGAUUGGAGGGAGGGAGGGACAUACAGAGGUUGGGAUGAAGGGACUGCCACCGAAAUGGGUGGAUAUCAGUGAAGAAGUAGAGGAGAUCCUCGCUCGUGCCAAGCUGAAAAUUGCUGCGCUGGACAAGCUGCACGCAAAACACGUCUUACCAGGCUUUACGGAUCGUUCAGCAGAAGAGAGGGAAAUUGAAAGGCAGACUGAUUUCCGGCGGUGUACUUCUCUGACAGGCUCAGUACGGCCCUCACAAGGGGCACCUAGGGUGCAAGUCCUUACGGCGAAGAAUGUGCAACGAGGGCUGGCACAGAAGGUGCAAGAGCUGUCGGGACAGUUCCGGAAGAAACAGAGGGUGUAUAUGCAAAAGCUCCAAGGUCAUGCUAUCAAAAACAAAGACCUGAUGGUAGCCAGCGGGGCGAUCACGUUGAAAGGUAGCGAUGUCUUGGAUGAGCUGCAAGAAGACGAGCAGGCUGUGAGUGCCUGCGUUGUUCCCGGGCCCUGGCUAAUCCGUAUCCAGUCUCAAUCACAACUCCAAUCCCAAUCGAAGUCGCAAGCGGCUAUCUCGAUCGACAUUGACCAACGAUCCUCCGAAAUUAGCCAAAUCGCCUCUUCCAUUUCGGAACUAGCAGAGCUGUUUCGAGAUUUGGGAAACAUGGUGGUUGAGCAGGGGACGAUAUUGGAUAGCGUGGAGUACAAUGUGCUGCAGGCCAAUCAGCAGAUCACGGAAGGAUUAGGAGAACUGAAGGUUGCUCAAAAGUAUCAAGCAAGAACAGGAAGACGGAAGUGCAUCUUCUUCCUCAUCUUGUGUAUCUUCGCCCUCAUCCUUAUUCUCAUCUACAAACCACAUUCCGACUCUUCCUCUACGCCUUCACCGACUGCCUCAGCUUCCGGGAGCGAGGGGAUGAUAUUCCCUUCACCAUCUAGUGGGACUGUAGACGCUGGCGAUGGGUUUACAGAAGGAGAAGGAGAUGAUGAGAUGGAGGGGAUAGUGUUGCCGAGUGGGGUUGAACGAGUCUCACGGGGCGCUGCUUCGCCGACACUGGCGCGCAGAUCUCGGGCUCGGGCCAAGAGGCGGAUCGAACAGCUCGAUUAGACAUAGAUGGUUAGAGAGGCUGUAAAGUCCUGUACGAUACGUGUACAGAUGGGGUACGCAUGUUCAAUCGUAUGCAGAACGAAACAACGAGGACAUGUUACUGGUUCAAACUUUUUGUCGACCGUUAUGAGAGCUAAGUCCUAUGAUCCCUCGAGCUGCUCUUUUUUCCAUGCUUUGAAGCCUUUCUAGCGUGUUCGCUCUGGUCACCGGUAGCCCGACGGUUUGUAGUCGCUGCCUUCCUGUUGUCCCACCAGUAUGCCUCCACAUGGUGACAUGAUACUACUGAUUCAUACUCCUUGUCAACCGUCAUGCGAGCCGAAUUCUAUAAUCAUCGCAAGCGUCCCU